AUGGACUACAAGGGCGACCUGCUAGCGUUCGGAGGUUCUCAGACGGCAGCGCUUCCGGUUAGCCAUGAGCGCCUUACCGCGAAGGCCCAGCGAUCCCGACGUUGGUCUGCUGCAGUGGUGCUAUGUUGUCUGCUCUAUAUGAUCGCAGCGGGGAAGUUCUUUGCCUAUGGGCUGUCGUAUUGCUUCGAGUUGUACGGAAAAACGACAGCGGCGGGACAGGUUGCAAAGACCAUGUCACUGGCUCCGGAAAUCGGUACUGUAUCUGGGUUCAACUGCGAUGCGGCGAAGGGAGUGGAAUGCGGAACGGUUGUUGUGCCGCUCAAUUACUUCAAUCGCAGUGAGGGAACAGCUACCAUCUUCUUCGGUAGGAUCAAGGCUACAAAGUUCCCGAAGCAGGGCAGCAUCAUGAUGAACCCGGGUGGUCCCGGAGGCUCUGGUUUCACCCUUAUCAACAGUCUCGCUGAAGAGCUGCCCGAAAUGCUCGGGCACGACUACGACCUCAUCGGCUUCGACCCUCGCGGAAUCGGACGCACAACCCCUGCCGUGAAGUGCUUCCCGAAUUACAUGGACAAGAUUCUGCUCGAGACAAACACGGUGCUCGAGCAGACGUUCACCGUCGCCUCGAACCUCUCCGACCCGGCCACGCGCGAACAUCUCAUCGCGCAGGAGCGCGAAUGGAUCGCUCUCAAGAACGCGGAGGCCGAGAUGUGCGCGCGUAAUAUGGGCCCCGAGCUGGCGUACAUGGGCACAGCGAACGUCGUCAGGGACAUGGACUUUAUGACGAAGGUUUUCGAUGGAGAAGACGCGUUGAUCAACUACUGGGGGGGAUCGUACGGAACGAUCCUAGGUGCAUACUUGGUAAACAUGUGA